AUGAUAAAUUCAGAAAAAAAUAGCAUCCGGAAAGAAUUCACACAAAAGGAAUUUCUUUUUGGCCACCUCUUCAGACCAUCUUUUGGAGGAGGUGAACAAAAAAGAAUAACCUUGGGUAAAAGAUUUUGA